AUGAGCAAUGAUGAAAGUGAAAAGUCUUCAUCUUCAUACGAUACAGUCGAUACAGAUGAGGAGAAACGAAAAAAUAAGAAUCCUGCCGCCAAGAAAAAAAAAGUUGAACAAAAGUACCGAAAAGAAUGGGAAAAACAAUUUCCUUGGAUAACUGCAGUAAAAGGAAACCCAUGUAUGUCAAAAUGUAAAUGUUGCGACGCUCAUUUAAAGUGUGACAUUUCUGUUUUGAAAACUCACCAAUCGAGAAUUAAGCACCAGAACAACAGUACAAAACUAAACCAAGGUUCAAGCAAAGUACUUUCCCAGUUCUUAGCACCAAAAACUGACCACGUCGUCGUUGAGCAGACCAAAAAUCUUGAAUUACUGUUAGCAGGAUUCUUUUCGGAACAUAAUAUACCUUUCCUGGCAUCCGAUCAUUUGGCAGGAAGAACCAAGAUAACUAGCAUAGUAAAAAAUGUAAUCGCGCCAUGUGAAAGAGAAACGUUGGCUCAAAAGCUUUGUAAACGUAGGUUUAGCGUUCUUAUAGAUGAAACCACAGAUAUUGGUACUGUCAGCACUUUAUGCAUUAUAGUAAGAUUUUUUGAUGAAGAUAGGAAACAAAUAAUUUCCCAGUUUUUUAAGUUAAUAAAUGUUUUUGAUGAGGCUACUGGCAAGACUGGCGCCACAGCUGAAAAUAUUUAUAAAAUGCUUACAAAGCCAAAUAUGUAG